AUGCAGAAGCAUCGAAUACUAUCCAGACGGCAACAGAUGCAUUCAUGCGACAAUUGCCGCCGCCGCAAAAUACGAUGUGAUUCAGUGCAAGAAUCACCAUGUAGUGCCUGUACAAAGUCGGAAGUCGAUUGCAAAUUCACAGUCGGAUGGAGGCGGCGCAAACGUCCCAGGACCCCAGCCUCUGUAUCUUCCCGGGAGGACGUCGACAGUACGCUCCAGACACCUGAUGGCAUUGCCAUUAAUGUCUCAUUAUCAGAUACAUCUCUGAUAACCAAUGUCAGCCCUCAAGUGUCUUUGCAAAGCAAUGACGAUGAGCAAAGAAAUGAAACGAACAGUCGUCUACCGGAGACAGAGAUUGUUGCUUCGUUAAACCUCGCCGAGAAUGGUCUUUACCACUUCUUUCGCGACGGAAUUCCAUCCUCUUCAUGGAAUGUAUUUGACCCAAUGGACAAAAUUAGGGUUGCGUAUGUUGGAACACAUUUAUCCAACAUGUCUCAUCUUGUCAGCCUAAACCGACCCAGGCCUCAGUUUCUGAUCUACCCAUAUCCUCAAAUCCAUCCUCCCUUGUCGUGGAAGCCGGAUAUAUCUCAUACUACAAAUCAUGAUAUAAUGCACGACAUCACUUCUUUUCCGGCUAAAGAUAUCCGGGACGAUUUCGUGGAAGCAUAUUUCGAGAAGAUCAAUCCUUACUUCCCCGUUGUUAAUGAAUGUGAGUUCCGGGCCCGAUAUCGCGAUGUUGAUAACCAGCCACCAUUAUUACUAUUGCAUGCAGUACUACUAGCUGGCGCUCACGUCUCGGGGCAUCCAAAGGCUAUGCAGGCGAGGCAUGUCGUCAAAGCCGUAAUAUUCCGGCGUGCAAAAUACGUCUUCGACAUGCGCCAUGAAAACGAUAGAAUGCAUCUGGUGCAAGCUGCGUUGCUCUUCACUUGGCAUUUGCAAAAUGGAGACACUGCAAGUUCCAAUAGUUACUUUUGGUUAGGAGUGGCUUGUCGUAUUGCUUUUGGAAUUGGCAUGCAUAGAAACCAGUUGAAUGAUCCUCCAAAUCCGGGUCGCAUGCCCAUCUCAGACCGACGACUCUGGCGCCGAGUAUGGUGGACACUCUUCCAGGUCGAGAUCAUGUCAGCUCUGGAGCAUGGACGGCCAUCCAUGAUUCGUGUCGAUGAUUUUGAUCAAGAACCAUUGAGUCCCGAAGACUUUGUCCCUGAAAAUGGUACCGUCGAUUCAAAUAUUGACUAUGAUUAUUGCGCUCGAAACAUUGCACUCUGUCACAUCGCUCUGGAGCUAAUUGAACUAAGCGCCCCUCGUGUUUCACCUGCAAGUCGCCAAUCACGCAUGGCAUCCAUCAACGCUCAACUUGUGAGCUGGAUGCUUAGUCUACCAACCAACAACACUGAGAGCUUCGGUGCAUUGAAUCUGCGUCUGCUUUAUAACACUGUCGUGAUGCACUUUUGUCGAAUGAUAACCCCUGAAUGCGGCUCCCCUCUUCAGCAGAUAGACGGAACUGAAAAGAUAAGCUUAGGAGCAAGAAAUUCGAUUAUAACUAGUCUCGAAACACUGCAGGGAAAGGGGAUGUUAUCUCAGUGCCACUUCACAGCCGUGACAGCGAUUACAGCAGCAGCCAUACAAGUCGCCAAGGACAUUCAGCAGGCUCUUGAGGGUAAUCAAGCCAUGAUCGCUGUCAAUGACAUACAUUUACUAGAUACAGUCUGCUCAGUUGCCGAGCAGUUGUCAAAGUACUGGCCCAGUGCCGAAAGCGUUAUGAAACUUUUCAGGUCUCUCUCGCAACAGUUUACGACCGCACUCAAUGGAAUGCGAGAUGGUUAUAGGUACACAAGGAGCGAGGACUUGGUAGACUUCCAGCUAGCAAAUGUAAACUGGACAGAUAUUUUUGGAUCAUCAUGGCCAAUGGACCAUUUGUAUACUACGGAGCAAGAAUGGGAUGUAACGAUGGUCCAGUCAGAGUGA